AUGUCUGAGUCUGGUCAUUACAAUACAGAUAGAGCCAGUUUUCCAAGAGCCAAGAUAAUACAGCAUAGUUCUCCUCCGUACACUCAAGACUCGAACUCGAUGAGCACCGUGCAGGACGAAGACGAUUUCAAGAACAUUGACAGGUCUUCUUCUUUUCAGACAAGUACGUCAUCCUCAAUUAGAGACUUCCCUGGGAACAUAGGCCCGAAGAUGAGCGCGGAUGUUGCCAGUCUAGGGUUUUACUCCGGUCCUAGUCUCAACGACAUCGCUUUGAACAACAGUAAGCAUGCGACCCAUGUUCGGCGUUCCAUAGUUGUGUCGCCCUCUAUGAGCACCAUCACCUUGAGUGUGAACGAUUCAACCACUAUCGACGAGAGUUACGAAGAGGAGCCGACCAAGAAAAUUGGUAUGACAAACAGCCCCAGCUUGCAGGCUUUAGGAGAUAUACUCAACGCUAAGAUGCAAACGAAGUCCUCAGGGACCUUCACGUCGAUCCAGGAGGAGCCAGAGCCCACAGAGCUUAUCUCGGAAACCACCGCAGAGGAUGACACCGUGAUCUAUAGACACCCUGUCAAUCAGUCAUAUGCAUCUUUUUUCACCGCCCACAGCUCCACCAGCGCGCCAGACGCUUCCGACCUCAUCUCGCUAUCCAGCACCAUCAAGGAGAAACCUGCAAAUGACACACCAACCCUAAUGACGCCGAACCUUUUUUCACCAUCGAUGAUAUUUAACGAGCCUGUUGAAACAUUCAAAAUGUUUGACGAUUCGGCCGCAAUUCCAAACUCUAAUUCAUUCAACAUUCCAAGACAAGAGACCUCUGUAAUUCAUGAAAUUGGCUACGACGAGCAGGAAUCGUUCGUGGCCCCAGUUGCUAGCCCGCGUGCCGAGCAAAGAUAUUCUAUGAGGCUGGUGGAUGAAUCCCCAGAAAUCCAGACGCCGGUGGCUAUUCAGGAGGCAUUUCCUACCCCUGUAUCCACGCCACAGAACCUAUCAGUGGUGGAAGUUGACUUACCAAAGGGGGCAGAGCCUGAAGCUUCCACACCUCUGGCAGAGCCUGAAAAAGUGUUUACACCUCAGACGGCUCAGGAGACACCACAGAGUGUGUCGCAAGAGAAAGACUUGCCCGCGCUUCCUAAGAACAACAAAAGACUCUCAUUUCGUGGCCUUUUUAAGAACAAAAAGCAUCUCUCGUCUACUCCAUCGCUAGCCACUCCCGAGCACGAGCCAGAACCGACCAAGACGGCAAAACCGUUGCGACCAAAGAGUUUCGCUGGUUUUGAAGAAUCUCGACAGGAAAAAAAAGCAGAUCAAUUAAAGGACCGUCGCAAGAGUCUUCUGAGUGGGUGGAAAAGAAAAAGUCUGGGCGCAGAGACUGAAAAGGCCAAGAGAAAGAGCCUUUUCGGAAGAAACAAAACUCAAGGUGUUGCUCCCACGCCCGCGCACAGUGGUACUGACAAAGCAGAGGAAAGCGAUAAGGAAAAUCGCCCAGCGGCAGUCAAGAAGACCGAGUCGCAGACCUCUAGCGAACGAAAGUCUUUGUUGGACACAUACGGCUUCAACGGCCAGGCCUCUGGCUCUGAGGUCGGCGUUGUGCUUUCGACUCCACUGGAAACACAGUCAGAAUUUGUGGACCAGAGUCCUUUGACUCUGCAGUCGCCGAAAUAUGUUUCUCCCGCCGAUCAUCGCAAGUCCAUGUACCACGAGAAUGCCGACGUGUUUUCGGAAGAGAUCCAGGCAGAAUCGGAUGUGUACCGUCUGGACACGCCGUCUCCGGUCAACGGAAACUUUUACAGUCCCGAAAGACCAACUCUGGCUCCUGCCAGGGACAAAAACUCGUUGCUGGGCAAACGAGAGAACAGCUACACCAGACUCCUGGCAGGAGAAGCCUUGUUUCCCAAGAGACUCGCUGCCGACGAAGUGCAGAGCAUUGUAACUCUGGAGCGUUCAAGAUCAAUGAAGUCCAUCAAAUCCGCAAGAUCAUCUAUGGCCCACUCUCAGUCUGUAAGCAGCUCCAUUGUUGAAAUGCUUAACAACAAUCAAGUUGAUGGGCCGAUUGUGACGUCCGAUGGUAUGACGGUGGUGAGGUCACCUCAGUCUGCAAGGUCUCCAAGAUCUCCUAUUUCUGUGAAGUCGUCUUCUAGCAGAAAACAGGCUGGCAUCUUGAAAAAGGGUCAAGAACCCCUCUUUGGGUUUGGAUUGCAGGACGAGGAGCUCAGCGAUAUAUACAACAUGAUUCAGUUUGGAGAUGAUGAUCUUCAGAUAGACACCGAUUUCCAUCUCGAGAGCGAAGACAAAGAGCCUGAGCUUGAGCCUGCUAUUUCCUUCCAGUUUGAAAAUAAGCAGCCAGAAUUGGCUCUGAGUUCGCCGCAACAGGUCCCAAUCACCCCUGACUCGUCUCCCGAGCACGGAAACUGGGAAAUGGUUGAUGAAUGGGAGGAUGAAGAUCAACACAGCCACAGGUUCGAUGCUCAUCCGCAAAGCUACUCUAUCAGCAGCUCCCGUCACGGAAACUAUCGGCUUUCGUUGGAAAGCGCACCUUCGGAAACGGCAGAAAGCCCCGUUCUUGAUAGGCCGUUGUCAGGAUUGCAGGGUCCAGUUUUCACUCCGAGCGUGAAAUCUUUCGGGGCUACAAGAAACUAUAGUUUCUCCUACGAUGAGGAGCCUUCAAGAGAUUUUGAGGACUAUGUGGCAGAAGCCUCCAUCACAAGCGAGGAUUCAGAAGGCCGUCAUUCACGCGAAAGAAUUCGCAAGUCGAGAAGAAUGUCAUUGAUCAGUAAGCUGAACAAGAGAGACAGUACCGGGUCCAAAAGAGGGAAGAACAAGUCUCAAAGCUCGAUCCGCCUGAGCAUCUUUGGAUCAAAGUCAAGUAUCGAUACCAAGGACUUGAUUUCCUCGCCAAUGGCAUCCCCUAUGCCCGAGAUCCCGAGAGUCCGGUUCUCGUCCAAGAUCUUGCUCUUCGACACUUAUGGCGAACACGAGUACGACAGAAAGCCAGAUCAAGCCACCUGUAAUCAGCUGACGCCCCAACUGGCACUUGAGAUCAAGAAUGAGCUCAAUGAGGUGAAGGCAGAGAUGGCUGUCCACGAACUUUCGAGAUGUUACACCCAUUUCUUUUAG